AUGCCGCAGCGGCUAGCAUCUCAGCACAGCAGCAAGCCCUGCUAUCAGCCCUCUCGCGAUGAAGGCCAGAAGCCGUCUCACACCGACGUGCAGCGGCGCCUUGUGUCGAUCUCCGAUCCCCGCGGGCUGCCCUUCCGACCGCCUGUCGCUGCCUCGGUCACCACCCUCCCGACCUUUGCAGAGUACCGCGCAAAACUGGCCCUGGAGAAGGGUGGUGGUGGAGGUGGGAGUGGUGAUGGCGCGAGGGGGGGAAAAGGGGAGAGGGUGGGAGUUGGUGUUGAAGGGGUGGAGGGUAUGGUUGGGAGGAAGAGGGGCAAAGGGCGUGGGUUGAGGAGGGAAGGGAGCGGCGAGUGCGAGAAGGGGGGGAUGGAAAGGGGGAAUGGGGGGAAGGCGGAGGAGCAAAAAGGGGAUAAGGAGCAGGGGGGCAAGGUGAAAGGGGAAGGGGAGAAGGAGAACGGGGAUAGGAAAAAGCGUAGGAGCAAGGUGGGGGAGAGGAGGAGGCACCACGUGGGAAGCCUUCUGCUUCCUGACACUGUAAGUGAGGAGGCAGAGGGGGAGAGCAGUGGAGUGGAGGCAUCUUCUCAUGAGGUGACUCGGGAACAAGCAGACGGGGAGAGGAGUGAAGAGCAGACAGGGAAUGAGUUGAGGCCAGUGGAGCAGGCAGAGGGGGGAAGCAGUGGAGUGGAGGCAGAAGCUGCUGCUGAGGUCCUGCAGGGCCACGUUUAA